AUUUGUUUUACAGUACUAAAAGAGAGAGAAUGUAAUAGGGCUGUGAUGGGAAUUUUGAGAUAAAUGAAGUAGUUUGGGCUAAAGUCUUAGGCUGUAAGUAGUUUUUUAAGCUUUAGAUCCAUGGUGGCCAGCAUAAGUAAUUAUAGAAUAAUCAUAAAUAGAUCUCUUCAAUUUCGAAUGGAAAGACUGGUACAAAUUAAUAAUGCAGAGUGAAUUUUUUAGCAGAUGGAACACAGUAUUUGUUUCAAUUAAAUAAUAGCGCUGAUUUACGUCUUGAAAAAGUGAAAAAAUGGGAUGAUAAGCCAGCAUAAAUGGAAACUAAGAAAUUGAAGGAAGCAAUCGAAUUGGCAAAUCAGAUUCUGACAGGAUAAUAUUAAAACAUAUUGCCUAGCUUCGAUAAUUUGAAUGAGCAUACACUUAAAAGUCUGGUCAUUAAAUUGAAUGAUUUAAUAAGCAAGGACAAUUAAAUGGAUGAUGUAAAUUCUCCUAUGUUAAAAUAGAUUGCGCAUUUAUUGAAUAAAAUAUCGAAUGUUGAAUUAUUGUCGAUUGUUAAAAUGAAUUUGGGGUAACAGUUAUUUCGAAUACAUAAAUCUCAUAAGAGCAGAAAACAAAAGAAAUUCUAAACUCUACUCAACUCCUUUCUAGAUCAAUUAACUACCACUAUAGGCUAUAAAGAGUAGGUGGAAUAAACAGCCAGUAAUAAAAAGAAAUUUAAAUAAUCCAUUUCAAAUGAGGAACCACUUGAAGAAAUUACAAAAUGCGUAAUCAUUUAAGAUGGACCUGAAGUCAAAAGAAAAAAAACAGAAGAGAGUUUUUAGAAUACUCCCCUUAAUUAAUGA